CGCGGGCGCAUCAUUAUCUGGAGCGUGCUCGCGGAGAUCUCGGGCUGGCCACCGCCUUCACGCGCUGCAGCAUCAGGACCAUCAAGGACAAUGAGCCCCUAGCAAGUCACCGCAUCCAUUCGUUUAAUCGCCACCAACUAUGAAUCAUGUAUGCGCUAGUGCUUUCAAAUCUGCUCGCGUGCAUCCUCGCUUAUUGUCUCCAGCCAUUCGUAACAUCAGCGUCAGCCGUGUUGGAGGCUGAGAUCCCCGGGGAGGCGGUGUCAGAUGAUACUGCAGCCGGACAGAAGCACAAUGCCAGUGGCCCGCAGGAGUCACAGCGCACACUCACAUACCCCUCUCGCCUCAUCUACUACCUGAACGAAGCUUCUGAGAGCACCUACCAUGACCUGAACACCCGCGCUAAGAUUCCUGACCCACACGGACAGGAGGUCCAUCUCGCUCAGGCUUCAUUUCAACUUCAGGCCUUUGGAUCCCAAUUUAUUCUGGACCUCACUUUAAACAAUGACCUGCUGUCCUCAGACUAUGUGGAGAUACACUAUGAGGAAGGAAGGCCCGUCCUUGGGAAGGGUGGAGAGCACUGUUACUACCACGGCCAGAUCAGAGGGAAUGACAACUCACAUGCCGCUCUGUCCACCUGUAACGGUUUACAUGGCAUGUUUGAUGAUGGAGUCCAUAUGUACACAAUUGAGCCACUUAAGCAGACUCACUCUAUUGAGGGAACAGCGAGACCACAUGUCUUGCACAGAACGACUAUCCUUCAGCAAACCCCACCUACAGGAGAAAAAGGCAUGGACGACGAUUUGUCUUGGCUCCGACGGAGGAAAAAGCGAGCUAUCCCGAGGAACCUGUUUGAGGAGAUGAAGUACAUAGAGCUGAUGAUCGUCAUUGACCACAACAUGUUUAAGAGACUGGGGACCAAGCAGCGCACACUCAACUUUGCCAAAUCUGUGGUCAACCAGGCAGAUGCUAUUUUUAAAGAUCACCUGUACACACGUGUGGUCCUGGUCGCCAUAGAGAUCUGGACGGACAAGGACCACAUUCCCAUUAGUGUGAUUCCAUUCGAUAUGCUGCGAAACUUUUCCAAAUACCGACAGCAGCACAUCAGGAAGCAUGCAGAUGCAGUGCAUCUGUUCUCUAACGUGACGUUUCACUAUCCUCGGGGCUGUGCGGCGUAUUUUGGAGGGAUGUGUUCUGUGAGUCAUGGGGUUGGAGUCAUUGAGUAUGGCUCUUUGUUGACACUGGCGCUUGUGCUGUCCCAGAGUUUGGCUCAGAAUCUUGGCAUUCAGUGGGAUACAACAUCAAUUAAAAAUGAUUGUGGGUGCAUGAACUCCUGGCAAGGCUGUAUCAUGGAGGACAAUGGGGUUCAGACCCCACGGAUUUUCUCUAAGUGCAGUAUCACUGGUUUUAAAGAGUUCCUGUUGAAGGGAGGGGGAUCCUGCCUCUUUAACAAACCCACCAAGCUGUUUGAAGAGACAGAGUGUGGAAAUGGAUUUGUAGAAGUGGGAGAGGAGUGUGACUGUGGACCAAGAGAAGAGUGCAUUAAAGAGUGCUGUAAAAAGUGUUCUCUGUCUAACGGUGCACACUGCAGUGACGGACCCUGCUGCAAUAACACAUGUCUGUUCUACCCGCGAGGUUACACGUGCCGCUAUGCAGUAAAUGACUGUGAUAUUUCAGAGAUGUGCUCAGGAGACUCAGGGCAGUGCCCUCCCAAUCUACACAAGCAGGAUGGUUACUUCUGCUCUCUCAACCAGGGUCGCUGCUACGCUGGAGAGUGCAAGACGAGAGACAGUCAGUGUAAAUAUGUGUGGGGUCCAAAAGCUGCAAGUUCUGAGAAGUUCUGUUAUGAGAAGUUGAACACAGAGGGCUCAGAGAAGGGCAACUGUGGUCAAGAUGGGGAGAAAUGGAUCCAGUGCAGUAAGCAUGAUGUGUUUUGCGGGUAUCUGUUGUGCACUAACACUGGCCGAAUCCCACGGAUUGGAAUUAUGAAAGGAGAAGUCACUCCCACAAACUUCAACCAUCAGGGCAGACUGAUCGACUGCAGCGGUGGUCACGUCUUGCUGGAUGAUCAGACUGAUCAUGGUUAUGUGGAGGAUGGAACUCCAUGUGGUCCGUCAAUGAUGUGUCUGGACAGGAAGUGUCUCCCUAUUCAGUAUCUGAACCUGAGCUCCUGUCCCACCGGACCCAACGGACACAUCUGUUCCAGUCAUGGGGUGUGCAAUAAUGAGGCGACAUGUACAUGUGACACAACGUGGGCGGGGACAGACUGUAGCAUGCCUGACCCUCCAAAAGAACCGGCCCCUUCUGAAGAUGAGGAACCCAAGGAAACGUCAAACGGCGAGGAUAUGAUCCAAGUGCUUCUGCCAUCUAGUGGACAGAAGGAACUCUCCAAUCUGCAGAGCUUCUGUAUUCUGGCAUUAGUUAUACUUGAAAAUAUUAUACAUAAUAGUGAUGAAUUCAACCAACACUACCUUAGUUGUGUAGCUCCACCCCCUUUUAUAUGCUCCACCCUUCUCUCUCAGAGCCAAUUUAUUGACAUAUCCCCCUCUGCCCCAACAGCCAGUCAGAUCAUUCUUACAUUACAGAAGCAUGAUAUAACAACAGCCUGGCCUUGGCACCUCUUUGAAGAGUUUGCAUGGCUAAUGCCCAUAUUCAGCAUAACAACCUAUGAAGAAUAUAAUUGUUGUCAACACGAUCUCAGACCCCCAUCAUUUCUUAAUUGUUUAUCUGACAGAAGAAAUUGAUAGCUGCAUGGCUUAGCCUUAGAGGGACAUGUUGAGUAGAAUUAUGGGAUGGACUUGAUUCUACAUUUAAAUGGCCAGAGAGGAAUAGUUCAUACAAGGUAAAAAUUCUGUCAUUAUUUAGUCACCAUCAUGUUGUUCCAAAACUGUGCGACUUUCUUUCUGCAGUAGGGCAUUAAAGAGGACGUCAAGCAGAAUAUAUUGGCGACUCUUUGUAUACUGUGAAAGUGAAUGGCAAUAAGCUCUAAUAAGGUGAAAAUAGCACAGUGAAUGUGCCAUAGUACAAGGCACAGCAGAACUACACAUGAGUAACACAAACAAACCUUUAUAUUGAAGACACCAGAACGGAGGGUUUAAAUACAAAGACCAAACGAUGGAGCUAAACGAAACACAGGUGAUCACAAUGGGUUACACAGAAACAAAUGGUCACACAUUAGGAAACUAGGUCAAACUAAACAGGGACAAGGAACACUAAAACUAAACCAAAACUGAACAUAAACAUGACAAAUCCAUUCCCUUUUUUUAAUUUAGUUCAAUUGUGGCCAAGAAGGAACAAAUUAAGUUGUGGGAGCAAAUUUUGUGGCCACAAUCUCUUGUUUCCACAUGUCAUGUGCAGGGCUCCAUACAAAAUAACUCAAUUUUAGAAAAAUCUUAAGGCUACAUGAUGACAGAAUUUUCAUUUUUUGUGCGAAUUAUGCCUUUAAGAUGAAUAACAUAAUUUAUAACAUAAUUUUGCUCUUUCUAAUUAAUUAUUUUUGUUGUUUUUUUUUUAUGUUUGUUUAUUGCGGAGCACGUUUGGUGCCCAUUUUUAGGAAUGUUCAUGACUAAAUUGUUACACUUUUUUUUAGUGAACAUUAAUAUGUUAAUAUAAGUGAAAGUUGGUUUCAUACUGUAUAAAUCCUGUUCAUUUAAUAGUGUGUGUAUGUUGUAAGUUUUCUGUUAUUUGUCAGUCUUUUGCUCUGGUAUGGGGCUGUGCAGCUAAAUAUAAGUGAACACAUCUAUAGAUGCUGCACAUCACCAUUCACUUUGAAUGAGGAGGUGAUUCUAAGCCAAAGAUCUAGGGUAAAAAUGUUAGGAUGUAAUACACAGCACUUUACAGUGAUAUUGUUUUCCCUGCUGGGGCGAGGUAUUAUUAUGGUAACUGAUCACCUGAAAUACAUGCAAUAACCCUGAUCAGUCCUUUAAAUAUACCUUGUUUCACCCGCUUAACGUAAUUGCAAUUGUAUGCCCAAUCUGUUGGUCAAGACAUUAUUCAGACCUUAUUAUAUGGCCUUUCUCGUCCAUCUCCCUCAGCUGUCAGUGCUGCUAACCCUACUGGAAAUGAUUGCUUUGCUGCAUGAAUUCUCUAUAGUGGGCAUAUUACUCUGUAAGUAUGAAGGACAAGUGCCCAACCCCAUAGGAAUAUGUAUAUUAUAUACAGAGACUGUGCUGUGCUGUUUGUGCAUGUCAGCUACAAAAUUUUAUUUACUGUACUAUGCAAAAGAAUUUGCUGCACAAAGUGAAGGGUUAAAACAGUAAAAUACUACACUGAAGUAUCACAGUUGACCCUGUUUUUUAGCCAUGAUAUGAUAGUUAUGCUGAGCUUCACAUAUCAGGAAAAAUAACAUCUUUGUUGCUCAUUAUCCUUUAAUGAAAAGGAAUGAAUGUAUUUCCCUUUGUUAAAUAAAAAUAAUUCCCAGGUUUUUCACAUUUGAGGUUUCUGCCUUUCAGGUGUGAUUUUGGACACUUGCCUUUUAUAUUUUCUCUGUUUUUCAUCAUCUCUGUUCAUUAGCCUAAAUGUCCCUCCAUUUACCUGCUGCUGUUACUCUGAACUAUAGAGAAAGUCAUCAAAAUAAACAAUAAAAUCAACAGUAUUUUACACCUCU